AUGGAAGAUAUCACUAUUGACAUUGGAAGACCUCUAAAUGCUCGAAAUCUGAAGAGCACGGGGAUCAUUGAUCAAGUCAGAGUUAAACCAACACUAGACACCUCCUGGGAAGCACUAAGGGAUCAGAGGAAGAUUCCCAACAAAAUCUAUCUGUUCUCCAAGAUUGACCCUCCAGAAGUGGUAGCUUACUAUCUAAAAGAUCUGGCAAAUCAAGGGGUGGACAUCUCUGAUUUCUCAGUGGACUGGAUAACUGAGCAUCCACCACACUUCAUGAAGAGGAUGCGAGAGCACUCUAAGAAGUCCAAGAAGGCAAAGAAAGCAAAGUUGGGAGAAUCUUCUGGGUCAAGACCUCCAGUCCCUCUGGCUGGCUCUCCAAGUAAGUCUAUACCUCUCUCCCGCUCUGUUAAAAUAAAACCUAUUGUUUCUUCUCUUCCCCAAACUACUCCAAUAUGCACCUCCUCUGAAACACCUCCCUCAACCACCAGAACCUCUAACCCACCCUCACUUAAAUUCAACCUUGCUACCACCACACUACCUGUUUCUGAAGCAGAAAUGCUGAAUGAAACUACCUCACCAUCAUUAUCAUCCUCAGUUCAAUCCCUACCAUACUAUCCAUCACAAACUGACCCUGAACCAGAAGUCACUUCCCUGCCCCCUGAACAUCCAAAUCCAACAACAUCUGAACAACCUCAAAUACCACCUCCUACACAACAACUAAAUCCACCUCCUGAACAACCAAUCAACUUUGAACCUCAACCAAUCCACUCACCAUUUGAACCUAAUCCAUAA